AUGAGAUAUUUGCCAAUCUUGUAUCAACUACUUUGCUUCCUAUUAUUUCUAUGUAUUCAAGCUACUCUUUUAUCAUCUUCUUCUUCAGCAACACAAUUGUGCUCUCGUGAUGAAAGUUCUGCCUUGUUCCAAUUCAAAACCCUAUUUUCCAUCAAGAAAACUGCUUCCAUAGGUUGUGAAAACAUUAGAUCUUAUCCUAAAACCAACUCGUGGAAGGAGGGCAUAGAUUGCUGCUUAUGGGAUGGAGUCAGCUGUGACAACAUCACCGGUCAUGUAAUCAACCUUGACUUGAGUUGUAGCUGGCUUUCUGGCACCCUCCCUUCAAACACCAGCCUCUUCCUUCUUUCAAAUUUGCAAAGGCUUGACUUAUCUUUCAAUGAUUUCAAGAAAUCCAAAAUUUCAUCCAAGUUUGGUCGCUUUGCAAGUUUAACACACCUUGACCUUUCCAAUUCUUGGUUUUCCGGCCGAGUUCCCUAUGAAAUCUCCUAUCUAUCCAAACUAGUUUUUCUGAAUCUUUCCCCCAAUCCAUCUGUUUAUUUGAUUGACAGUAGUCAGGCACUUGAACCAAAACUGAAACUUGAAAAAUCUACUCUAAAUGGAAUUGUUCGGAACCUAACAGAGGUAAGAGAAAUUAUUCUUGAUGGAAUAGAUAUGUCCUCGGUUGAUCCUAAAUCCUUCAUGAAUCUAUCUUAUUCUCUGACAUCUCUUAGUCUUACUUCUUGUGAUUUGCGGCGAAAAUUUCCAGAGAACAGUUUCAGCCUUCCCAAUAUCAAGAAACUCAUUUUGAAUGGAAACCCCAGUCUCACUGGUCAGUUUCCAAAACCCAAUUGGAGUAGUCCUCUUGAGGUUUUGGAUACUUCUCUUACGUCUUUCUCUGGAGAACUGCCCGAAUCAAUUGGAAAUUUGAAGUCUUUACUGGGUUUGGAUCUUACUGGUUGUAACUUUUCAGGAUCAAUUCCAAUAUCACUAGGAAAUCUAUCCCAACGAAGAUUUUUAUUCCUCUCAGUUAACAAUUUUAGUGGUGAGAUUCCAUCUUCAUUUACUAACCUCACACAACUGGCAAUUCUUCAGAUUUGUUCCAACCGAUUGGAGGGUUCCAUUCCUGAUAACCCAAAUGCCUUUCCAAAUCUCGGCUUUCUAGAUUUAUCUAAUAACUUACUCAGCGGUACAACACCAUCUUGGCUUUAUACGCAUCCAAGUUUGUCUUUUUUGGAUCUUGGAAACAAUCACUUUCAGGGUUCUAUUCCAAGCUCAAUAUCAAAACUUGUGAACCUCACUGUUCUUGAUUUAUCGUCAAAUAGUCUAAACGGGACAAUAAGUUGGGACAUGUUCUCAGAGCUUCAAAAUCUCAACCAGCUGCAUCUUUCAUCUAAUACCCUAUCGCUAAGCUCCACUAACCGAGUCAACUUUGUCUUACCUAACCUUGAAUAUGUGAAUUCAUCGUCUAACAACUUCAAUGAAUUUCCUAGUUUUCUAAAAGGAUCAAAAAAAUUAAAUUCUUUAGACCUUUCUUAUAAUAGAAUUGAUGGCCAAAUUUCCAAUUUUCCAUGGAAAGACAUUAAGUUUCUUGACCUCCAUUCCAAUUUCAUUCAAGGUGAUCUACCAAUAUUACCCCGUAAUAUCACAUUCCUAUCAGUCUCAAACAACAACUUGACUGGAGAUAUUUCUGAUAUAUGCAGUGUGAAGUUUCUGGAGAUUCUCGAUAUGUCUCAUAAUAACUUUAGGGGAAUCAUCCCACAAUGUAUUGGAAGCUUUAGCCAAAGGCUUUCAUCGUUGAACUUGAAGAUGAAUAAGUUCCAUGGAAUCAUUCCUCCAACAUUUGCAAAAGGAUGUGGAUUGAAGAAUCUGAACUUGAAUAGCAAUCAUUUGGGAGGGCCUCUGACCCAAUCAAUCAGCAAUUGCAAAGACUUGGAAGUGCUAGAUCUUGGCAACAACAAGAUAAACGAUACUUUUCCUCAUUGGAUCGAAGCACUAUCAGAGUUGCAAGUUCUUGUACUAAGUUCCAAUAAGUUCGCAGGUUCAACAGGUGCUUCUAAGAACCCUCAAUCUCUUCCAAAAUUGCGAAUUAUUGAUCUCUCCAACAAUAGCUUUUUCGGUCCUUUACCGACCAGCUAUAUCAAAAAUUUUAGAGGAAUGAUGAAUCUUGACAAAGGCAAAGCUAGGAGCUACAUGCAGGAAAGAAAUUACUCGUAUGAUUAUUCUGUUGCCUUAGUCGUAAAAGGGUUGGAGAUUGAAUUGGUUAAGAUUUUAACUAUAUUCACCAGCAUUGAUUUCUCUAAUAACAAAUUUGAAGGGGAGAUUCCAAGAAUUAUUGGAGAGCUUAGUUCACUCCGAGGGCUUAACCUUUCUCAUAACAAUCUCGUUGGUCAUAUCCCAUCGUCCCUUGGAAAUAUGACUAGUCUUGAAUGGUUAGACCUUUCUUCCAAUAGAUUGGGUGGGCAAAUUCCAAGGGAAUUGGUAGAUUUGACAUUUCUUUCCUUCUUCAACGUUUCAUGUAAUCAACUUGUUGGGCCUAUACCACAAGGCAAGCAGUUCAACACUUUUGAAAAUGGUUCGUAUGAAGGAAAUAAGGGAUUAUGUGGACCUCCACUCUCUAGAGGUUGCAGCGGUAAUGAGUCACAACAACCAGCACCAUGGAUGAACUCCGGGAAAGACGAUGGAUCAAAACUUGAAUUUGGGUGGAAAGUUGUUUUGAUUGGUUAUGGAUUUGGAUUCAUAUUUGGAGUGGCAAUCGGAUGUUUUGCUCUUCGAAUGGGGGAAUCAUCCCACAAUGUAUUGGAAGCUUUAGCCCAAAGGCUUUCAUCGUUGAACUUGAAGAUGAAUAAGUUCCAUGGAAUCAUUCCUCCAACAUUUGCAAAAGGAUGUGGAUUGAAGAAUCUGAACUUGAAUAGCAAUCAUUUGGGAGGGCCUCUGACCCAAUCAAUCAGCAAUUGCAAAGGACUUGGAAGUGCUAGAUCUUGGCAACAACAAGAUAAACGAUACUUUCCUCAUUGGAUCGAAGCACUAUCAGAGUUGCAAGUUCUUGUACUAAGUUCCAAUAAGUUCGCAGGUUCAACAGGUGCUUCUAAGAACCCUCAAUCUCUUCCAAAAUUGCGAAUUAUUGAUCUCUCCAACAAUAGCUUUUUCGGUCCUUUACCGACCAGCUAUAUCAAAAAUUUUAGAGGAAUGAUGAAUCUUGACAAAGGCAAAGCUAGGAGCUACAUGCAGGAAAGAAAUUACUCCAUUGAUUUCUCUAAUAACAAAUUUGAAGGGGAGAUUCCAAGAAUUAUUGGAGAGCUUAGUUCACUCCGAGGCCUUAACCUUUCUCAUAACAAUCUUGUUGGUCAUAUCCCAUCGUCCCUUGGAAAUAUGACUAGUCUUGAAUGGCAAGCAGUUCACACUUUUGAAAAUGGUUCGUAUGAAGGAAAUAAGGGAUUAUGUGGACCUCCACUCUCUAGAGGUUGCAGCGGUAAUGAGUCACAACAACCAGCAUCAUGGAUGAACUCCGGGAAAGACGAUGGAUCAAAACUUGAAUUUGGGUGGAAAGUUGUUUUGACUGGUUAUGGAUUUGGAUUCAUAUUUGGAGUGGCAAUCGGAUGUUUUGCUCUUCGAAUGGUUGAUCUAUCAAGUAACAAGUUUCAAAGAAAGAUUCCAAAGAUUAUUGGAAAGCUUAGCUCGGUCAUUGGGCUUAACCUAUCUCAUAAUAAUCUUAUUGGUCAUAUUACACCAUUAUUUGGAAAUUUGAUCAAUCUUGAAUGGUUAGACCUAUCGUUAAACAAGCUUGAUGGCAAGAAUCCAGAGCAAUUGCUGAAUCUAAAAUGGCUUUCUUUCUUAAACCUUUCCGACAAUGAACUUGUUCGGCGCAUUCCACAAGGCAAACAGUUCAGCACAUUUGAGAACAGUUCCUAUGAAGGGAAUGCAAGAUUAUGUGGUUUUCCACUCUCUAGAGAUUGUAGCAGUAAUCAAGCACAACAGCCACCAGAAAAAGAUCACUCAAAAUCUGAAAUCAGAUUUGGGUGGAAAGUUGUGUUGAUCGGAUAUAUGUCUGGAUUUACGUUUGGAUUGGCCAUGGGAUAUGUUGUGUUUCGAACUGGAAAACCAAAAUGGUUUGUGACCUUGGUUGUAGGCAAAUGUCAUCGAAGGACAAAAAAGUCAUCACCAAUGGCUCACUGCAAAUGA